CCUGUGUAAUCUGCUGUUACUAAAUGGCCAUUUGCAUUCCUGGCGCACCAGUUUCUGAAUGCUUAGGAUUUGGUUUUUACCUUUUGUCCAAAUAACCUCUAAAAGGAGCCAUGCAUCUCUUUGCAAGUCUGUGCGUUGUGCUUAGCUUUUUGGAGAGAGUGAGCUGUUUAUGUCCUUCACAGUGCACCUGUGAUUAUCACGGCAGAAAUGAUGGCCUGGGAUCAAGGGUGGUGCUAUGUAAUGACCUUGAUAUGACUGAGUUACCUACAAACUUUCCCGUGGACACUGUGAAGCUUCGCAUAGAAAAGACUGUUGUCCGUACGAUCCCUGCCGAGGCCUUCUACUACCUGGUGGAGCUCCAGUACCUCUGGCUGACUUACAAUUCUGUGGCCAGCCUUGACACCAGCAGCUUUUACAACCUAAAGCAUCUGCAUGAAUUGCGCUUGGAUGGAAAUUCUCUGACUGCUUUCCCUUGGACAUCUCUGAGGGACAUGCCUGGCCUGAGGACCCUGGAUUUGCACAAUAACAGAAUAGUCAACGUGCCAAAUGAGGCAGUCAGGUACCUGAAGAACCUCACCUACUUGGAUUUAUCAAGCAACAGAUUAACCACACUGCCACCAGAUUUCCUGGAAAGCUGGUCCCACUUGGUGACAGCAUCAUCCAGAAGCCUGGACCUUCCACCAAGAAAAAUUAUUCUCGGUCUGCAGGACAACCCAUGGUUCUGUGACUGUCACAUUUCCAAAAUAAUGUCAUUGUCAAAAGUCGCUGACCCUGCAAUAGUACUUCUUGAUCCGAUGAUGGUGUGUAGUGAACCGGAGCGCCUCACAGGGAUUUCAUUUCAGCGGGCUGAGCUGGAGCAGUGUCUGAAGCCAUCAGUGAUGACCUCGGCUACCCAGAUCACAUCUGCUCUGGGCAGCAAUGUCCUGCUGCGGUGUGAUGCCACUGGCUACCCCACCCCGCAGCUCACGUGGAUCAGACCAGAUAACUCGCCAGUUAAUUAUACAGUAAUUCAGGAAUCUCCAGGGGAGGGAGUCAGAUGGUCCAUAAUAAGCUUGACGGGCAUUUCUUACAUGGAUGCUGGGGAUUACAAAUGUAAGGCCAAAAAUUUGGCUGGGAUGUCAGAAGCUGUGGUCACUGUGACAGUGGCCGGUGUUGUCACAGCCACCAUCUCAUCAGAUACUUCUGAAAGAAGGACUGGGGAUCACCCUGAACAAGAGGUCCAGCCAGGAUCUAGACAACCCGCAUCUCUGCCUGGUUCAUCAUCGUCUCCCUGGCCUUAUUCCUCCUCUUCUCCCACUUUUCCUCCUACUUCAGCUUCAUCUCCUCCCUCCACUGCUUCCUCCUUCUUGUCUCCUUUCUUCUCCUCCACUGUUUCUUCAGCUACAACUCCAAGCACUAGAAUAUCCACAAGCACCGCCACAGCUAGCCGACCGUCACUCCGCCCAGAUGGGAAAAGAAGUGCCAAGGCAGAGAUGGGUGGCGGGAAGCUUCCCCCAGCUAGUGCCAGUAGAAGGGAAGAGCUGGCACCGCUGGAUCGAGCCCUGCCCAUGGAAACGAAUGCCACGAUAGAAAACCUCCAGGUGGUCAGAGAAACAGAAGGAAGCGUGAUUUUGAUGUGGGACACUGUUAACACCACCCAGAACUCAGAAGUGACCGUGUUUUAUUCCAAAUAUGGUGAGAAGGACCUGCUGCUGCUUAAUGUGAACGCCAGCAAGAACCAAGUCACCAUAAAUGGCUUGCUGCCUGGUUGGCAAUAUAUAGCGUGUGUCUGUCCAAAGGGAAUGCCUCCCCAGAAAGACCAGUGUAUCACCUUUUCUACUGGCAGAGGUGAAGAAGAAGGUGAUUCUCAAGAGUCUUUCCUGAUGGUGGUGAGUGGCGCUGCCUGCGUUGCUGUCUUGCCGUUGAUUUUUUUCCUGUUGUACAAAGUUUGCAAACUUCAGUGUAAGCCAGACUCCCUCUGGGAAGAUGAUUUGGCAAAAGAGACUUAUAUCCAGUUUGAGACGCUGUCCCCCAGGUCUCAAAGUGUAGGGGAACUGUGGACGCGAAGGCCCAGAGCCGAAUCAGAAAAACUGCCACUUUGCUCUAGGUCAAGUGUGGAGUCUCCUGACUAUUAAAAGUGAGGGUUCUGGAUUGGAGUAUUACUGCUAAGGUUUUACAGCUCAGGCACAGGUGAGCUCCACAGAAUUUCUUUCACAAAAUUAAGGAUCUAGGGGUAUAGUUGACCCUCUGUUUGGAUGACUUUUGGACACUUUUCACAUCCUUUAUGAAAAAAGUCACACGUGGAGUGCUUUUAAGUGUGUUUUAAAAAAAUCAUGAGACGUCUGAACUGAAAAGACAAAUAAUUUUGAUAUUUUUUCUGUAGAAAAUGUCCAUAGAAAUCAUUUUUAGGGUAGUGCUAAAGUCAGUUAAUAAUAUAUUUUAAGAUAAUACUUUAGUUCUUAAAAAUAAAUUCAGGUGAAAAUAGUCAUAAAAAGUUAAUUCUGAAUUUUAAAAAGAUAGCUUUUUGGGGCAGUGAAGAAAGAUUAGUAUAACCAGCUAAGCCUUGAUGUUCAUUCUUGUUCAAAGUGCUUUAUGGCAUUUGCUGUGCACGUUUGCUGCCAUUGCCUGGUAGAGUGGAAUAGUGCAUAAUUUUGCUUUCACUGUGGUUAAAUGCAACCCAGUGGACGGGAGGGCUCCAGCUCUUAGUACCAUUAUGCAUUUUAAUAUAGUAUAGUGGUAUUCAUAUUGAAAGUAUGAAAAAAUUUUCCCUUGUCCUUAGAAAUAUGGAUACUAGCAAAAAUAAGUUAAAAAGAGGAUCAUGGCAAAUAGUAAGACCAUUCUGAGAAGAUAGUAAUGGUUGCAUUCUAAUACAUCUGCUAAAAGACUGUGUGGGGUCUUUUUAAAAAAUGUACUCAUUUUAAAACAAUCUCUUUAAUAGUUUUAUAUUUACUCUUCUUUUCCCAGUCCCUCUUUUCUUCUCUCCCUCCCCGUCCUUACUUCCUUCACUUUUUUUUUCCUUCUGCUUUGUCAGAAAAUAUUCAUGCAGCCAAAGGACCAUAGCUAAAGAGUUUGUCUUUUGCCAUGUCAUAUUUUGAUUGCCUGGAUAAAGGAAUGAUCUUUGAAAGUCUUUUAGAUCCAAAAAGGAUGUCUUAGGAUGUUGAAAGAGCAAUUUGAAUGAGCAAGAGUGGAUUUAUUUAGUCAAACUCUAGGUUAAAAACAUCAGGGAAAUUUGAUUGGAGUGGGCCACAUGAUUAGAUAGGAAAGGGAAUUGAUAAAUAAAAUUUAGUUUUUCUAAAGAAAUUUUUUAAACCAUAUUUACUAAAUAUUAUAUUCUCUACAUUGAAGAUUUUGGAGUAUAGAACAGAUUUAUAAAGAUGUGUUAUGAGUCCUGAAAUAUACUGAGAAGCAAGUUCUAAGAAAAUAUUAUAUUUUACAUAAGAAACAAAUAGGCUUUAAUGUAACACAUUGUGGAAAUCAUAAUAUAAGCAGCCAGAGGAUGAAAAACUUCUCAUUCCAAAUGGCUUUUAAUUAAAAAGAAAAAGAGAAAUCUAGUUUCACUGUAAUCUGUAUUAGAAGAUUAGCAUGGGUGGAUGUCUUGCUCAGAACUCCCAGACCUCCCCUUCUUAUCCUCUUUCCUGUCCUUUGCAACCUGUUUGACCUUGGUGCUUUCAUCACUAUGUGCAUUGUCUAAUGAUCUAACAGUUUUAAAUUCUGUAUUCAUUUUUUGGAUUUUUUUAAAAAUACCUUUUAAAGACAGUUUUGUGUUCAACUUAUGUUAGAUGAUUUAUUUUAAAUUUAAUAACUGCAAAAACGUGCAUUUCUUUACUCUAAAGACAUCAUGGGAUUUCAUUGCCAUAUUUAAAAAGUUCAUAUAAACAGACUGCCAAAAUACUACCACCUUAGAAAUAAUAUAGCUGUGGGAGAAUGUUACAGACUGCUGAGCCAAAAGACACCCAAAUUGUACAAAGGCAAGCUAUUUGUCAAGAAAGAUACUUGGAUCAUCCUGAUGAAAUGAAUUACUGACCGCUCUCAUAAUUAAAAUCAAGUGCAGCCUGGACUUAAUUUUGCCCAGCAAGGAAAAGCUAAUUGGUGGUGGAGAGGGGAUUGGAAUGGCUGGAGAAAGCACCUUUGUCAUCCUCAACUUGGACUUGGCACAUGAGGUGAGUCACAAGCAACUUGUUACUCAUAGUAAGAGCAAAUUGUAACUCAUUUAGUUUCUAAAAACACAUCUGUUUGAACAUAGGGUUAUCCUGAUGGUAUCACUGCUCUUAUGUUCUUACAAGUAUGUGCUUCCUUGAGUGGGAGGGAAAGGCUGAUAUUGUAGCAAGCAGCCUGGAAUGCCACACAAGCAGCAGCCUGUUUUUCACUCUCACUAUAUGCUGGUGGCUCAGACGGUAAAGAGUCUGCCUGCAAUGCAGGAGACUGGGGUUUGAUCCCUGGGAUCCCUUGGAGGAGAGCAUGGCAACCCGCUCCAGUACUCUUGCCUGGAAAAUUCCAUGGACAGAGGAGCCUGGCAGGCUACAGUCCAUGGGGUCACAAACAGUCAGAUACAACUGAGCAACUGACAUAUAUGCAUUGUGAAGAGCAGUCAUAAAUAAUAUAUAGUAAUAUAUCUGGUAAUUAAAUAUGAUUACAAUAUAUUACUUUCAGACAAAAUAUAUUUGAAGUUGUAAAACUUGGAAUACAUGGUGAGGGUGUGUCACAUGUGAGGCUAUCAUCAGUGAUGUGCUGUGACAUAAAAAAUAUUGAGAACACCAAGCAAAUUGUUCAUAGUGUCCGGAAAAGCAAACCCUGAAGAGAGUCAAAGAGAUGCCUUGGGAAACUUUUGCAAAAAGUUCAAAGAAGAAACUUUUGACCCAGAGAUUUGAAUCCAAAAAGGAAUUAUGGCUAACAAAGAGAGAUUUUAAACACACACACACACACAUACACACACACAUUCCCUUCCCAGGGGAUCUUCCAGACUUAGGGUUCUAAGCCAGGUCUCCUGCAUUGCAGGAGGAUUCUUU